GUCUCUUUCCUUCGAAGUUGUGAAAUGGAAAUAAGGAUUCAGUUUGCGAGCCCGACGUUUUUGGUUUAUUUCAAUUUUUAAUUUUCUGCAAUUUUUUUAAAAUAAAUUUAACUACUGAAUGACAAAAACCGGACGAGCGGCUCGAACGAUUAACCGCCUCGACCGCUCGUCAACCGCUACACAAACUCGAAGCAGCUUUUAGAUUGUUUCGAGCUGGUUUUGUGAUCUAGUGUCAAUUUUACCGGUCGGGCUGAGUGGGUUGGCUUUAAUAACACUGCUCCUUUGUCAUGAAAGAGGAAAAAAGCGGCAAAAAAGUAAGGUAAACAAACGGACUCGUUGAUAGUUAAAUUGAGCCACGUAUUGGCGAAAAGUCUGUUCUGUUCUGAACACCCGGACGGGGAUAUACACCGGGAUUAGAGAAAAUCCGGGCCGAAGCUAAUGGCCCAAGCCUAGGAAAUUCCUAGGCCCACAAACAAAUUGGCCCAUUAGAAAAGUCGGACACUUGUCAACCCAUAAGAACACAGUACUGCUACUGCGGACCAAGACGGAGUUUUGCCUUCCUACCUCUGCAGGGUUUUAGAAACGAAGUGGAGGCUAGGGUUUUACAGAACACAAGACCAAGAAAGAAGCGGAAGGAAGAGAAGAAGACUGAUUUCUUCCCCAGCUAAGAAGAGCUAUGGGGUUCUGGGGAAUUGAAGUGAAGCCAGGAAAACCUCAACCUUACCACUCUGAUAAUGUGGAGGGAACGCUUUUUGUUACCCAGGCAACUCUCGGCCUUGGUAAAUCAACCGAUAGGAGCAUACUCCAGUGUUCAGUUGGCCACAAGAGUCCGAUUUUCUUGUGCUCGUUGCUGCCGGAGAAGACCGAGUCUUGCCCCUUGAAACUGGAGUUCAAAGAUGAGUUGGUAGCUUUCUCGGUAGUGGGCAAACGGAGCAUUCACCUCGCUGGCUACUUUGUGGCCGACGAAGGAGACUAUCGUCUUGAUGAGUAUGAGUCUGAUUCUGGAGAGGACAUUGCUGAUACAGAGUCGGAUGACGAAACCAGUGAAUUUGAGUAUGAUGAUGAAGAUGGCGAUGAAUUCAUCAAUGAUGGUGAUGAUGAUUUCAAUGUGUUCCGUUCUUCUCCCGUCCCAAAUAGCGGUGUUGUUAUUGAGGAGUUAGAUGAUGAUGAGCAACCGGCAAAUGGAGAUGGAUUGUCUAAACUGAAAAAGAAGAAGAAUGACAGUGGUGGUGUCUCUGUGAUGGAAAGUGAAGAUGAAGAUGGGUUUCCAGUUUCUGCCGCAGGAGAGGGAGGAAAAGCCAUUAUUCAGUAUCCUGAAUCUAAGAAAAAUAAGAGAAAAGUAAAGGCAACUACUGAACCAGAUAGCCAACCUGAGAAGAAAAAGAAGAAGAAACAGAAACAGAAAGGAGUCCAGGAAACUGUGGCUGAUAUGAUUGAAGAUGAUAAGAAAGAACUGUCUGGCGAUGAAGCUCUACCUGCAGAUGCAAAAGAAGUAUCUCCUGAUACACAAGAAGGUGAUAAAAGGGAAACUGAAGUCGAUGAAGGAAGUGCAGCCAGCAAAAGUGCCUCCAAGAAGAACAAGGAAAAAAAGAAGAACAAGGAAAAAAAGAAAAAUAAGAAAGCAGGUGAGGAGAGCACAGUUGGGAAGCCUGUUGAAGGGGUGACGUCAGAUGGAGGUUCUAAUGAGAAGCAAUCUGCUUCCAAGUCUUCGAGUGUUAGAACCUUCCCAAAUGGACUGGUCAUUGAGGAUUUAGAUAUAGGAAAGCCAAAUGCUAAAAGAGCUUCUCCUGGAAGUCAGGUCAGUGUGUGCUAUACUGGCAAGCUUCAGAAGAAUGGCAAGAUUUUUGACUCUAAUGUGGGGCGAGCGCCAUUUAAGUUCCGGCUAGGCGUGGGUCAAGUCAUAAAAGGAUGGGAUGUUGGUGUUAAUGGCAUGAGAGUUGGGGACAAAAGAAGGCUCACGAUUCCUCCGGCAAUGGGCUAUGGGCAUCAAGGUGCUGGCAACAAGAUACCGCCAAAUUCGUGGCUGGUUUUCGAUGUAGAGUUGAAGGAUGUCCGUUGAUCGAACACCGACAUGGGUUUUGUUUGUUCUCUUGGGAGGUUUCGAAAGAAAUCAAUUGGUUUGGCGAGGAUUCAUGAUGGCGGUCGAUGAGAGUUUCGUCAAAGCUUCAGGGUUAGCAACAAUGGCUUCUGAAGAGUGAAGACCUAUAACUUGUAGCAUAGAUCUUGAGAACAUGGUUUUGGAUAUGGAGACUGUCCCAAAUAUUUUGUAGUAUUGAGUUCCACCCCCAUCGUAUCUCUCAACUGAUAUGGAGUGGGCUAAAAUUUUGGAAUGGAAAACUUGCUUGAAUCUCUCCUAGUUCUUGGUCUGAUUCUUUUGGAUAUUCAACUUCACUGGUUCAUGGUACAAGUUCUUGUCGCACCUCGUACUGUUGGUUUAAAAUUGAAUUCAUCUUUUUGUUAGUGGCACUUCGAUGUAGUGCGAUAUAGUUACAGUGUGGCAGCUAUCCAGCUAUCGACCGUCUGUCACCUUUCUCCCUCGCAAACUCCUCUCCUCGCGCGUUCCAUUUUUGUCCGCUGCUUGCUUGUCGCACGAAGCGCCGCCGCUAGCCUUCCGGCUGCAUCUGCUUCGGUUCCCGACGUCCAUCCUUUCUUCUUGAAGUGAUAUCGAAAACGCUGGCUUAAACGCCUGUCAAAAGGUACCUCAAAUUCUCGAGUUUUUUUAGUCAAGGGAUGAUUUAGUUUUCAAUUCACAUACAGUUCCUACCAGUUUAUCGUCUUAAUCGAAUGUAACUCUCGGUUUGUUAGCUUCUCCCGAAAGAACAAAUGGCGGUCAGGUUU